AUGUACGCCGUCCAAAAUGGAAAUAAUGAGCUAGCCUUGCGUUUCAUGGAGAUUCCGGGUCUCACAGCAGCCGACUCGCAGCCUUACCGUUUACACACUCGGCUUCGGCAAAUGGCCUUGUCACACAGAGAGUACGCAACUCUGGGACUUUGGAAGAAGACAGAAGGUGACUCUGCAGGUCCCGAUUCGGGGAAUGACUGGCUCCCUCGUGCUAGGUGCUCGCAUCAAUGCAGGGCCGGUCCCUAA